UGACACCACUAUCACUAAGUGAAGGAUAGUUAAAUGAUGGCUAUAAGUUCAUGAAGAAGGAGUAUAAUCUUCUUACUGAAAAUACAUGACACAUUGCAAUAUGUCUACGUUAACUUAUCUUGAUGUGUGCUUUUUAACCCUGUUUUCCGUGCUUAUGGUGGAAACUGGGUUCGUCUCGGCUAAAGACUGUGUAGGAACUGGAUCAUGUUCGUGUCAAUUUACAGAUGGCACAACCAUUGAUUUAACUCCCCUAUCCAGCAAGGAUGUGAAUAAUCCAACAUUUAUGGACAUUUCUGGACCUACCCCUCUUGAUAUUUAUUCCUGGAAUCCUUGUGCAGAUUUUACAGAGGGACCAGACGGUUGUACAAACGUGGCGGUUUGUAAUAUCCACCAAAAUAUCCCUAAUGCUGCGUACUUUAGCUUGGGAACUACUGACUCGGUGACAUUUACAACAGAUGAUCUGGGACAGGUGACGAUGAACUACCAAUUUACAGGAACCGGUACUCCAAUUGUCCAACGAAAUUCCCACAUCCUCUUGACAUGUGACCAAUCCCAGGAAGGGACCUUGGUGGCUCAAGGACCAUUACCCGACCCUAGCAGUCCCGAUUAUUACUUUGGACUGCAAAGUAAAUACGUAUGCCCAGGGAACUCACCCGGUGGCGGCGGUAAAAGUAGUGCAAUGUCUGUCGGAAGCAUCCUAUGUAUAGCGAUGGCUGUAAAUUCGUCAUUACGAGAGGAAAAACGACAACUUAUGAUCGAAUAUAGGAAUAUUCUUAACAGUAAAAGUGAUUUUGAAACAUUUCAGCUGACAUUUUGAAAUAUGAUGAUGAGUAUUGUUACUCAAAUCAAAGGCAAAAAGACGGCUCGGAGGUAUUUGUGGGAGGUGCACCACUCUGCAAGCUCUCUGAGGGACGCAAAUAAAGUUCUUCCGAGUUCGUUCCAAAAAUCCUGAAUUCACCAAAGGAUUGUGUUGGUACACCGUCACUGUUUUUCAUUUGAAAGACAACGAAAAGUGCAAUAAUACAAAACAAAUUAUAAAUAAAUGACAGACGAAAAUAAAUUGAAUGAAAUACACACCCAACAAUCCAUCCCCAUCCAUACCAAUAUUAAGCUGCUCUGUUUUUGAAUUGUAGCGAGACUGAAAAGGUUACUUGAUUUAUCAUGCUUAUCCAGAUAUGGAGUUCAAGACAGAAUCAAAACGAUUGUUUACAACAUCAUAUGGGUUGUUUUAUUUAUUUCUUGUCCUUUUAUAAGCGAUAUUUGAUAUGAUACAAACGUUUUUACAUUAUUUAAAUUGUCUAUUAACUGUGAAAAAAAUCUACAUAUUAGAAAUAUCAUAUGGAGAAUAGUAUUUGCUCAAUGAUCAUCCCUCUGCGAAAGGAAUGCGAUUUGCUUUUAGCUGUUAAUUAAUGAUUUUGUCAAUGUGUUAUGGAGGAAUUAUCAAUUCAACAAUUUGGAAAGUCUUUUCAACUGUUUUUGUCGUUCCAUGUAUUGACUUAAUGUAGCGAUUUAAGUUGAUGAAUUUAAAUUUAAGAUAAAUCAUUUUUCAGUUAGAAUUUUAGUAAAAAAGCAGUGGAGUGGUAUUAUUGCUAUUAGGUCUUUCAUUUUAACACCGCGUCAUAAUUGUAAUCGAUUGUUGGAGUAUCGCUCAUGUUUGUCAUGAAAUACCCAUAAUAAGCAAAAAUAUCAUAUAAAAGAAGAUUUUUAAUAGGUUUAAUUUUAAUCUUUGUUUGCAUACCAGUUUUUGUACAAGUAAUGUCUGUAUUACCAUCUCCAGCAUCAGAUGCAGACAUUUAACAUGAAUCGAUUGUAUAUCUUAUAUUAUUGAUGCAUUAGUAUUAAUACAAUAAUACACUUUUUUGUCUUUAUUAACAA